CACCCCAAACAGGGGCAAAUAUGAUCUCAAUUCUGACAUAUCUGUUCUUGGUUCUGGAAGUCUGGGGAUCAGAACCAGAACUGUUUACUACCCAGACACCAGAAGAACGAGCUGCACCUCCUUGCACCCAUCCUGGAAAUAUAGAAAAUGGUCUAACAGAUUGGAAUGGAACAGGGAAGGUUGCAAGGUUCGCUUGCUAUCAGGGUUACUACCUGGUGGGUCCCCCUGAGCUGAAAUGUAGGUACGGAGUGUGGUAUGCUGAUGCUCCUAUUGAUAGACCAACAUGUAAACCUGUCAUCUGCAGCCAUCCAAAUAUUCCUCAUGGUUCCCUGAGCAGUGGUGUAACUGUUAAGUAUAAGACAAACGAAAAUGCUGUUGUCAUCUGUGAUGAUGGUUUCAAACUCAAGCAUAAGUCUAACAACAAGAUUGUUUGCAGGGAGGAUGGUUCCUGGAGUUCUCUGCUAGGUUCUGAGUUUCCAACUUGUGAAGAAAGAGGAUGCUUCUACAGUGAAGCUUCGAACCCGGAGAUUGGAGAUAUAGAGAUCAAUGGAAUUAAGCUAGCAUUCGGUUCCUCAUCAUACCAUAUUGACGAGGAUGAAUCAGAAUUUGGACUUUACAGGCCUGGAUCUGUUAUGAAGCACACUUGUCAGAAUGGCUGGGUAGUUGUACCUGUUGGAGCCGUAACAAGAGCUUGUAGGCGUGGAAGAUGGGAUGGUCAGCAGGGGAAAUGUAUUAAAACUGUUCCCAGGAUGAAACCCCAGGGCUCCUGUUCCUCGCCCCCCUUCAUCAAUAAUGGAUACUUCCUGUCUGAAAGAUACUCAGGGGAGAAACCUUACGUUCUUCCAGUAUCAGGGAACUACCAGCAUACAUAUGAGGUUGGAGCUGUGGCUAGAUACCAUUGUAACCAGGGAUACAGAUUACAUAUGCUCUUUGGACAGGAUAUUUACAGGUGUACUGCAUCAGGUACAUGGUCUCCUAAGCAGCCUCCAGUCUGUACAAGCAGAACUAAUAACAUAGAACCUCUGUCUGGGAUGAUGUGUGCAGUACCAGAGGAUGUUGCCUACGCGUCUUAUAGAGCUGUUGAGGGAGUUGUUACUCCCAAUGGAGCCCUUCAUGGUUCUAUACUGGAGUACAAUUGUAAUAUUGGAUACAGGGACACUAUCCUACCCUGCCUGCCUAGCCGGAGAACCUGUCAUGCAGGUGAAUGGAUUGGUUCUCUGCCCUCCUGUGCUCCUUUUGAGUUCUGUCCUAGUGUUCCCCGGAUACAGAACGGAUAUCUUGCUACUCCCAGGGAGGAUCUAUACCGUCUUCAUAGUAUCAUCAAAUACGGUUGCGAUAGAGGGUUCUGGAUGGCAGGAGUGGAUACAAUGCAGUGCCAGGCUACAGGCUGCUGGGAACCUAAUGCUCUGCCUAAAUGUAUUGAUGAGAACCUACUUUCUACAUGGAGUGAGGUAAAGGGGUGGGUUAGAACCUUCUUUCUACAUGGAGUUCGGGAUGGUGAAACACGAGGAGGAGACCGACCCCCUCCACCCCCUCCAGUAGAUAGAGUUGCUCUCAUUGCAUUUGCAGAUCAGGACCCUGUGGUGUUACCAAGCUAUGAGGAAGCUUUAAGGGAGGGAGUAGGGAACACCAGGAGUGGAAGGGAGAGGGGCCCUGGAACCUCCACUGGAUACAGAAACCAUCCUCAAUAUAGAAGGUCUAGGCACCAUCAUGAACAUAUCCCAGUCCAGGUUAACGCUGCGUACAAUGGGACAAGUCGGCACCGACGUAGACAUGAACCUGACUCAGUGUCCCACCACAGCCUAGGUUGGCCGGUAAGACAGGCCAGUUCUACUACCACAUCUCAGUCUACUAGUCUCAGGUCUGGAAGUGUUCAAAGUGUUGAAACUGUUGGGAACAGUGAAGGAACAGCUACAACAGAGACAUCACAGACUCCUUCAUGUCGUGCUCUAGCAGGUUCUCUUGCUUCCUUCGAUGCUACUGUACUGAACACUGAAGGAAUUCCUCUGCUGGAAGAAAAUGAAUUUGAAUCCGGCUCAAACUCGGUUUCUGAACACGCUGACACUGUUAGUGCUUACAGUGACAGCAGCAGCAAAUCAAACCACAGCAGAUAAAUCCGACAUAGAUCUAAUAUAGAUCUAGGAUAGAUCUAGGAUAGAUCUAGAAUAGAUCCUAGAUAGAUCCAAGUUAGAAAAGUCGAAAAGUCUAAGAUGGAUCAGGGUUUGUUGGCAAAUACACCCUGUGCCACUAACUUAGCAAAUAGAAUUAUAAAACUGGCAAAAAUAUAAAAUCAAAUAUUUUGCAAACAAGAGCUAUUAACGUUUUUCAUUUAAUAUAAAAAAUCUUUAAAAUUAUAAUGAAAUAAAUUAUGAUGAUUAUUUUUGCAAGUUGUAAUAAUUAGUCUAAUUUGCAUAAUUUCUUGGCGCACGGUGUAGAGUAGAUGUAAGAUAAAUUGAAAAUAUCAAAAUAUUAUGCAUUGAGGAGAAAUGAUCUGAACUCUGCAGAAAACUGAACUACAUCAAUAAUUUAUUUUAGAUUUUGUCUCAAAUAAAUGAAAUUAAAUGCUCUUUUCAACGCUUUUGCUCUAGAUCAUAUAUAACUGGUAUAUAAAACUUGUAUGAAUAUCAGUAGUUAUUUAACGCCAUGCAGAGCGUAAAUGGUCUAAAUGUUUUUAAUUCUAAAUUAUAUCAUGCCGUAUAAAAAAAAAUUUGCGUAAUAUGCGUCUAUGUUAUUUUGACGCAUUAUCCAAUCUUGUCUUUAUAUAUUAUGAACCAAAAAAGAAUGCAUUGUAAGGGACUAUGUGUAAAUAUUAUAUUCCUUGUUUUACUUAAGAAAUAUUUAUAAAAUAUAUAAAAAAAUAUGUAAUGUUGAAUGUUAUAUCAAUUUAACUUCUAUUAUAAUAUAAACUAGUACUUUUGUUA